CAGAGUGAAAGCAUAGUGAAAGUUCGGCAGCGCUGGCUGUUUUGCUCAGGCUGCUCAGUUCAUUUGCUUGCGGCUGUUGUAGUGCUAGGAGGGCUAGACGGCUGCAAGGUGUGUGUGACAUGUGAUAACCCAUUUUCCGCGUGACACCUGUAUGGCCCAGGUUAGAGACCAUAGCCGGUUAGAGCGGUUCACAGACACGAUGGUCUCUCCCGGCGACACCCUGAACAUCGGCAGUGUCCUUUUCCAAGUGGACUGGACAGAACCAUGGCUGAUGGGCCUCAUAACCUUCCACAUUGUGACGCUCAGCCUGACUCUGCUUACUCGAGACAGGGGCAACGUGCAGGCAGGCUUGUUUGUGACAGCACUGCUGCUGGUCUACUUCUCCGAGGCACUCAACGAGCUGGCCGCGCGGCAUUGGCGUGCCUUCUCGAGCCACCAGUACUUUGACAGCCAGGGCAUGUUCAUCUCGCUCGUGUUCUCCACGCCCCUGCUGCUCAACUGCAUCAUCAUGGUGGGUCAGUGGAUGUGGACGUCUGGGAACCUCAUGAUCCGAAUCAAGCAAGCCCAGCUCCGGGAAGAGAUCCGCCGGCAGCGGUCGGCCAACUCGAGCCAUUCUAAGGGGAGCAAGGGCGACUGAGUCCAGUCUGUGCUGCCAUCCCAGGGCUACCCUGUGGCGCUUGGAAAAGCAGGGUGGUUGCCCCCUACUGUUGCAUCACCACCGCACUCUUCUUGACCCCAGUCUCGACCUCUCCCAUUGAACUUUUGUGUGUGACUGCAACAUGUUGCCUCGAACAAGCACACACGUAGUGCAGCCAAAGCGCAGAAGGUGUGACGGACGUUGAAAUGGUGCUCACCGUUGCCGAUCAUGAAAAGUCGAGUCGUGGUUUCAUGCUGGUGUCUUCUGCCAUGUGGCAUUCAGUGUAAUGUUGGGAACAUUUUCUGUUGGUUGUGUUUGUCAUCGUGGGAUUUAAUUUCUCCUGCUUUUUUACUUUUCCGCAAUGUUUUGAUGCGAUGCCCCUUGCCACGAAGAAAACUGCAGUUUCUUUUAUCUUUCGUCUUAUAUGCUGUGGACGUGCCGAGCAUUGCAGUGACGAAAAAAACUGAGUAGCGCUCUCUGGCUAUUGGAGUUUUUGCCAUCUGUCCAGCAGAGCUGAUUUUAGCCACAAAUCUCAGUGACAGGCUGGUACAAUGGGCAGCCUUUUGCUUGCAUUCAACACUUCGUUAUAUUGGUAUUAAUGAAAUGAAAGAGAUACAUUUUUUCCCCUUCCCGUUGUUUUCCAGUCAAUUGCCAUUUGUUGGGCGUGUUGGUAAACUGAAAGCAUAUUUAGCGCCAGCAAACAAGGACGGAAGGGAGACGACAACACAAUGUGUAGUUCGGGAGCGCAUUGUGUUGUCGUCUCCCUUCCGUCCUUGUUUGCUGGCGCUAAAUAUGCUUUCAAUUUUCCAGUCAAGUUCGAGAAAGUCUUGUCAUUCUGUGGUUCUUGCCUAUUGAACACUUGACCCACUUUCAGACCGUGUUGUGAGCAUAGGACUGCAUAACCUCGGCUAAGCUGAGGCCUUCAGUGUUGGCUCCUAGACGGCUAAUAAAAUUUAAUGUUGUCGGGAACCUUUUUGGUUGUAAAAUAAUAUUGAAAGGUUUGCCAGCCCAUGAAUACAUUAAAAGGUACCUGAACCAUACUUUGGGUUUGGUGAAUAUGUACAUUCCGUGGGUGGAGCAUGGAGACACCUCUGCCAAGCUUUUGUGCUUGUAUCCUCCUGAGUCCCCGCUAUGGGGAUUUGUCCAAUAUAUUGGACAUUAAGAAAUAAGACAGCACUUCUGUCACAAGGCUUUCAUCCUCAUGAAACCACACUGUCCAACUUAUUGGACACCUGCUUGCGCCAUCUAUGCAGCAUUGAUGAAAAUACAUCGUUCAAAUUCCUGCCGAAACAAUUCCACAAUGGCGGCAUUCAGCGGCGCGGCGUUUUACGGCAGCUGCCGGAGAAGUAAGCACUGUUUCUCGUAUUUCUACCUGCUUUCAGGGCAUAUCUUUGAUUUUAUAAUAAAGUUAAUACAACAGCAUAACCGCAGAAUACGAAAUUUAAAUUUUUGGCGCGCUUACUUUUUUUCACGAUUCCUUUGAUUUCGCGUGUCCAUUAUGUUGGACGCUAGGACUCAACCCGGUUAUUUAGACCGCGCUUUUGAGAUGGCCUUGUUAUGAACAGCAGGCGAGUACUGUUGGCAUUUAGCGGCUUGUGGACGAAAUCGCGUCGCUUUUUUUUCUUUAGGGGACCGGCCUCGCGUGUCUGAUGAAUUAAGCGGAUAACCUUUCUUUUUUCAAUCCAUGGCUAGGACCCGCAAGACACCUGUCACAGGUGGUCUCGUAAAGAACCGAACAUAUCGAUGUCCCUCGACCAGAUAUUGUGCGCAUGUACAACGUCAACAUGAGGGGUGUUGACAAGGCAGACCAAAUGAUUAGUUACUACAGGAUAAAAGCACGCGUCAACAAGUGGACAGUCAGAGCCAUCUUUCACCUCUUCUACAUUGCCCUCAGCAACUCCUGGGUGCAGUACACGCGGGACAUACGCUCCCUAAAGAAACAGGGGAAAGAAAUACUCAAAUCUAUGCAGUUCCGCCAAUCUGUUGCUUAGACUCUCGUGGCUCAAGGGAAGAAGCAGGAUGAAACGAAGAGUGAGAACAAAGCCGAGUUGCAUCCGCCAUCAAGGCAGGAUCGACUGUCUCCUCGAGAACCCCCAAAAAAGAGCACUACCCACUGCUCAAUGCUGGCUGACACUGCAAACGCUGCCCGUUGCAGACUACAUGGCUGCGACAUGGAAACAAACCUUUUUCACCAAAUGUCGGCUCUUCGGCAUCACCCAGGAACAAAAAGUGUUUUGAAAUUGCCCACAGGAAGUGAACACAAGAGCAAAAUUUUUGUUGAGCAGAGGAAUGCUCUUUUUUGUACUUUAUUCACUACUUUGCCUUUCGAGUUAUUAAAAUAUUUUUGCACACGAGUUUGAGCGAAAUAUCUGCGGUAUGACAUUACGUGCGCGCUGGGUGAAAAAGACCGGGUAGCAUCCCAGUGUCCAAUAUAUUGGACAUCGCGCUGAGCUGAAACUAUCAGGGCUGUUAAAAAAAUAUUUAACACUUUUCGUCUUCAUACACCUACUGACUUAUUCUGAAAGUUUGGAAAAAAUCUGUGCACCCAAAUGCAUCCCGGGUCUCAGGAGGGUAUGUGUAGCUUAUAAGUAGAAUUUAUGCGCUGAGGUAUUUGCCCUCGCAUUAAAAAAAAAAAGUUGAAUUUGAAUUUAGCUUUCUCAGAAGGCUUCUUCUCAUCUUCUUUGUAACCACUGGCUGGCUGUGAAUCGACAUUACCAGGCAGCAGCCCAUAGUUGCCAGCCAUUGGGUGAUUGCUUAGACGAUGCAGGUAUGGAAUUUGCACAACUAUACUGAAAGUUGCGAACCCCACUUAGUUAUAUCGCAUUUGAAAUCUGUUCAAUCAAAUGGAACUGGUCACAGUAAGCGAAAACAUUGUUUCGAAUUAGGUUGAGGAUGGCGCACUUCUGGGUCAAGACUACACUUGAACAAAUCAGGAGCGGCACUCAUUAUUGUUUGUAUGCUGACAUAGGACCUGAUUAGUUUUGAGUACCAAUUUGUUGUGCUCAAGCGCACGUAGUCUCGUCGACCCUUCCAUGUUCGUAACAGUUGGAACUGCAGUUGACGCAAGCUUUGUCAGAGACUUGGCUUGAAAUGCACCCAUUGACCCUGGCUGCCAGCUAAGACCCCUUUGCUCUUGGAGUUGUUGGGAGCCAUAUCUCAACAUAGCAGGAGUUCUUGGGUCCUGUGGGGACCCUUUUGAAUUGUUUCAGUGGAGGCUAGCGACAAACAACUGGAGAUGUAGAACUGUCGGUCGACAUGCUUCAGAUUGAAAUAAGUGUAACCUAGGUGGAAUGGCUACUGGCCUCGCCCCCACAGAGGUAGACGGUUGAGUUGAGAAGGAAAAGGGCACGUCGAUGUUGCCAUUUCAACUUCUGCCCUUGGAUCCUUUUGUUAAAUUCUUUCUGAAGUAUGUAUAUUCCUCAAAGGGCACCGUGCUCACUCCAGGGUGUUUAGGACACUUCACGGAAGAGUGUUUGGGACAACUAAUGCCUUGAUCUGCGAGUUGGUUCAUCUUGCUGGCAGUAUUCUAACAGUGCAAAAGUUGAGGACGAAAAGGAGCACAGACAACAGGUAAAUGCCAGCUUCAAGCUAGCGUUUGUUUCAAAAAUACCAGCUAUUUCAAACACGCUGCGCGGUGUGUCUGCCAUUUUGCCAUUUGCGCUGUUAAAUGCUGUUGGCAAGGUGUUUGGGGACCACCAUGAACGAGAAGUGUCGCAUCCUUUUGAAAAACGCCUUAAUGAAAAUGCAGUUUGAAAUGCCUCUGUUGUGGACAGAGUGCACAAACAGCUGUGCAGUUCUCUGUUCUCUUCCUCUGAAUCCUACUUUUUCCAAUUGAUUAGCCCUUGUACUGUGCUUUGAUUUUCAUUGUGACCUGUUAAAAGAAAGAAAGAGCUUCCAUUCUUUUCUCAUGCUCAAGUCUUGUGCAGGGAAGCACCUUUCUCUGAAAUCUGUAAGUGUUGAAGCUGUGCACCUUUUUGCCAUGUGGUGGGCCACCAGAAAAUUCCAGGUGUCAGCAGCAUGCUCGGCUUAAUCCUGCUUAAUCUCCUGCUUAAUCUUAAUGUGCCCAGCAUAUGAUAUGCGAGAGCAUCUGUCCCGGAUGCUCAUCGCUUUGUGUUUUCAGUUGUGCUUCAGCCUUGUGUGUAUGCGCGUUGCCAGCAGUGUGAUGCAGAACAUGGAGGAUGUGGGAGGAACUCUGGAGUGCUCACUUCAGAACAGUCCGCAAUGGGAAAGUGUGUAGGAGAGAACUGUGAUAUCCGACAUGCAGCCUGUGAGCGAGGGUGUUCUCGGAGACUGCAUGGGUGUGCGUGGCUGGCGAGUGGUGCUUAUUCCUUUACUUGCCAGGGACCUGCCUUGCUGUCUUUUGUCUAUUUCUAAGGUAAAUUUAUUUGUGUCCUGUCGAGCAGGCAUCCCGUGUGCUUCAUGUUCCCCAUCUUGCUGUGAGAGAGCUUAGCUGGCAAUCAACUUGCCGAGCUUUGGCCACCAACUAAUGUGGCUUCGUUCACUUGUGACCUGGUGUUGCACACUGUUGCUGUUAAUUUAUUUGAAAUCAGUUAGCCAUCAUUGAAAAUUUACUAGAGCGCAUGAAAAAUUGUCGGAAGUUUGUUAAUUAUUCACUAUUGAAAAGUUUAACGGGAAAAAGGAUCAUACAUGGUCAGCAACUACUUUUAAGGCUUCAAACAAGAAUGGAUGUAGCUAUGCUGAACAUACAGGAAAGGCAGGUGUACUUGGGCACUCAUUUGUGUUGGUAGAAAAAACUUAUUGAAUACUUUUGACAAGCAGUGUUUUGUGGUUUAGGAUGUGCCAGAAGGUUUGUGUGAAGAAAUUUUCUUUGCAAUACAUCACUGUUGCCAUUUAAUAUUCUGGCAAUCAAGAUUCAAAAUCUGCUGAAGUCUGUUAAAUAUUCUGAAGUCUGCAAAAAAAAAAAGUGUGCGAGGGUUAACAAAAAUCUGCUAUUCACUAAAAGCUUAUCUUUGCCACUGAACUGACCAUAAUGAUCUAGAUUUAUUGGAAAAAGUCUUCUAAGUAGCACUUCAAAUUCAAAGACAAGAGGUGAUUGACAUGUGUAUCUUGUCUCACGUAGGAUCAUUCCAGCUAGUCUUGGAACAGUGCUGAAGCGUUAGAUGUGUAGCCCCGUCUAGUGCACGUUUUUUGCAUUAGGAGCAUACAUGGUAGGUGUGCCUCUCUAGCAAAGCUACAUUAGUGCUCACAAUCUCUGGUACAGUCAGCGCAGAUUUGCCCCAUCCAACUUGUUCGGUUGGCGUAACUUGCACAAACACCAUCAGCUGUGGAGACCUGUAGCAUUUUUGCCUCAAGAACCCUCAUUUCAACCACCUGUCAUUAGUGCAAGGUGUACUUUCCUCUAAUGGACUGCCUAUGUCGUGUGCUCAGGGCAUAAGUAAGUGACACAGUUUGUCUAGGUAAAUUAAUGCCCUCUUCUUCCGUAUUGUCCUUGCUGUCUAGCCUCUUGCUAUCAUCUUUAGACAGUCUUGUAGCUGUGAUAUGCAUACGUCUCUAGAGCAGCGCGCACAUGCUUCCUCUCUUGCGAAGCACUGAGUCAGCACUUUUUUUUGUAGAGUGGAGGCCUUGCCCCAAAUAUACAUAUAUUUUUUUGUGG